CUUGGAAGCCAAAAACAUUGCAGAAGCCAGUGAUUGUAGCAGGUCCCCAAAAUCUCACAGUACCUGUGCAUCACACUGCCAUGCUGGAAUGUGUAGCCAUUGGUUCACCAAAGCCUCUUGUUUCCUGGAGUCGUUUAGAUCACCGAUCUAUUGAUGUCUUCAAUACGCGAGUUCUGGGGAAUGGGAAUUUGAUGAUAUCCGAUGUGAAGGUGGAGCACGCUGGAAUAUAUGUUUGUCGGGCCACCACACCGGGCACGCGCAAUUACACUGUAGCCACAGCAAUGCUUACUGUGUUGGCCCCACCUUCCUUUGUUGAGUGGCCUGAAAGCCUGACACGGCCACGUGCUGGUACAGCCAGGUUUAUGUGUCAGGCAGAAGGUAUUCCUACACCUAAAAUUAGCUGGCUGAAGAAUGGACAAAGGAUUCACUCCAAUGGACGCAUCAAAGUCCAGUAUAGCAGCAAAUUGGUGAUAAACCAGAUCAUUCCAGAAGAUGAUGCAAUUUACCAGUGUGUUGCUGAAAAUCAACAAGGAUCUGUUCUUUCAGUGGCUAGGCUGAUUGUUAUUAUGUCUGAGGACAGGCCUAGUGCACCGAGAAAUAUCCAGGCUGAAACUGUGUCCAGUUCAGGGAUUCUUCUGUCUUGGGAAAGACCCAUGUACAAUUCUGAUAAAGUAAUUGCGUACUCGGUCCAUUACAUGAAAGCUGAAGGUUUAAAUAAUGAAGAAUAUCAGGUGGUUAUUGGGAAUGACACAACUCGUUACAUUAUUGAUGAUUUAGAACCAGCCAGCAAUUAUACAUUUUAUAUUGUGGCAUACAUGCCCAUGGGAGCUAGUCGAAUGUCGGAGCAUGUUAUUCAGCACACUUUGGAAGACGUGCCUUUGAGAGUACCAGAAAUCAGCUUGACCAGUCGCAGCCCAACCAACAUCCUGAUUUCAUGGCUUCCCAUUCCAGUCAAAUUCAGAAGAGGGCGUAUUAUUGCAUAUCGUAUUUAUUACCGUAAGAGCACAGAAAGUGCUGUCCACCUUGUGGAGCUUCCAGGAACCAUAUCAGAACAUCUGCUUGAAGAUGUGGAGCCUGACAGCACAUAUCUUGUACGCAUUUCUGCAGCGACCAGGGUGGGGUGGGGAGAAUCUUCAAUCUGGACAUCCCACAGAACCCCAAAAGCUACGAGUGUGAAAG